UACAGAUAGUGCUUCGGGAUUCAAACCCAGUCAUCCUCAUUUCAAGUAGAUGUUCAUGUGUUGCUGGCACUGCAGUGUGUAACCACACAGUUGCUUUGUUGUUCCAAACUGCACACUAUUCAGAACUAAAUGUACAGCUUGUGCCCCCUGUCCACACCUGCACUGAGAUGGAACAGCAAUGGCACAAGCCCAGAACAGUGGGGGUGAAACCUGGCCCAAUAAAUAAAAUGGUGGUGAUCAGACCAAGGCUCAGCCGACUCAGUGAAGGAGGAAUCAGAAGUACACUCUACAAGGGCUUGGUUGGGGACCUAUUUGACCUCUCGGUGCUACAGAUUGGAGACACAUACAAAGAUUUUGAUCGCGAAGAACAACCUCUUGUGGCAACUAUGGGCAUUAGUGAUGAAAAGACCCUUGUGGAGACAGCUUUUGGCAUGGCACAAAAGGGCAGUGUGCUCUCUUACCAACUGCCCAUUUUACCCACAAAGUCUGUCAAGAUGCACCAUGAUGCUCCAUCUUACCCAUCGCUGCCUCUGGGUGACUACAGGCUUCUACCAACAGACUGUGUGCACGUGUGCACUCAGGAGGAACACUUCUUCCUUAAAAGCUUGACUGUCACACUGGACAUGGCCAAUAAGAUUGAGCUGGCAACAAGAGAGCAGGCAGCAGACCAGGAGUGGCAUCAGCUUCGUAGGCCUCGGAUCACCUCUUCACGUUUUAGAGAGGUAUGUUUUGUGAGGGGAGCAAUUUCUGCAGAAUCUCUUGCAGAAAGGAUCCUAAAAGGAACCAGGCAAACUGCAAACAUGAGGCGAGGGACAGAGUUGGAAUUUGAGGCAGCAAAGGAGUAUUGCAGGAUGAAAAAUGUAAACUACAGAUCCUCUGGCCUUAUUAUACAUCCUGAUGCCCCUUGGCUUGGCACUUCACCAGAUGGCUUGAUUUAUGAUCCACAUGCACAGCCACCAUUUGGACUAGUGGAGAUAAAGUGCCCCAAUGUAAAGAACUAUGUGGAUUGUAAAUACCUUCAAAUGCAGUAUGGCACACCGACUCUUCGUGAUAGCCACUCAUACUUCUGGCAAGUCCAGGGUCAACUGCUGAUCACUGGCUUGCAGUGGUGCGAUUUUGUGGUUUGUGCCCAAGAAGACAUGCUUGUGCAGCGUGUUCAUGUCGACCCAAAAGUUACAGCAACAAUCAGAGAGAGGGUGGACCAGUUUUACUUUCAUGUGUACAUGCAAAAGUACUUGGCCUGCUCCAAAUGAAUUACAUGAAAAGUGAUUCAUUACCACUUUGAAAGCUAUUGUGUAUUUACAGACGUGUUUUGUAUAUUUAGCAGAUUAUGUAUUGUUUUUUUAUAAAAAUUUAUUUGUCAUGAAAAAAUUUACAACUGUACAAAAAAAAAUACAUAUUUUGUAUACGUUACUGUAUGCAUGUUUUUUUUGUCCAUGCACCAUUAUAUAUACAUAUACAUAAACAAUGUUUUCUAUACACAAGAGAGGGGGAGCAGUUAUAGGUGCAAUACAUUUAUUCAACCCCCACUGUAAUUUGCUGCAUUAGCUGUUAAAUUUGGAUGCAUCAUUUGUGUCUAACCUGUCAGUGAAUGGUGAACGUAUUUGCAGUGGGAGCUGAAUAAAUUUGAUCACAACAACAUUAUCACACAAAACCAAGCCUAGUUUCAGGAUAGCAUAUUUACAUCUUAAAAACAUCUUAACUUCAAUGGAAGUCAACCUGAAAUGUAAUUUUGUAGCAUUUCUAAUGGUCAGUUAAAUCAUGAAACAAAUGCUAGAUUCACAUAGGGAAAAAGACACAUACAAGACAGUGAUGAUCUAGACGGGGAACAGA